AUAAUAAAUUGACACAAUUCUUAAAUGCCUUUUUAAUUAACGUAAGUAGAAUUUUACAGUUUUAUUGUAGUGCCAGUCUUUAUUUUUAUAUAUAAGGCAAUAUACGUCCAUAUGUGCACCAGAGUAACAAAAUAUAGACAACAUGAAGGUGUAUCUUCUAGCCGUACUGUGUUUGGUUGGGUUUGCUACGUCCUUCCCAACUGCUUUGCCUGAGCAGGAAGACGUAGCCGAUUUACAACCUGAAUUACAGAAAGAAGAAAAGAAAGAAGAGGAGAUAGAUGAAGUAUUACCUUAUAGUUUUUUGGUUCUUUUGGCAUUGCCAGAGAAUCAUUUAAGUGAAGCUGAUCUCGCGAAACUGAUCGAACUGAAGCAAGAACUUGACUCCAAGACUAGUGAUGAUAGUAAUGCUACAGGAAAACAGUUGAACUUUCCGAUAACUCUACCUCCUUUUAUAACUAACAUUAGUAACUCAUUAGGAAGUUAUAUUCCAACAUUUCUGUUGCCAAAUAAUUGGCCAAUUAUCUCAUCUAUUUUAAACCGUCCCUCUCGGGCUCUUUUCCACCCACUUCAACAAUAACAGCAUUAGAAAGUAUGGUCAUUCGGUAUUGUAAUGUAUACAUUCUACACUUCUUGAACACAUAACUUGAGAUUGUAGACAAUGGCCACUUUUGUUCGCCUCAGUUUUGACGUACUGGUGACAUAUCUAUUUAAGUUGUAUAAACAGUAUCUUUGGGUAUGCGGUAUAUUUUGUCUAAAAAGUAAUUUUGAAUAAAAGUUUAAUUUGGUACAAUUAAUUUCUUUCAUUUUAAUAUAUUUUUUUGGAAUUUCAUUUAUUACCUUGUGUGUGUAAACUAAAGUAUAGUCGGAUGCAAUCUUUAUGAUGUUUCCGAUCAUCGUGCGUUAAGCUGCACAAUAUAAAAUUUAAGGUGUCCGCGGUAACGUAGGUGGGCGGCGGCAGGGCAAAACUUCGCGCCUCCCAUCCAUCCGCCGUCGACCUACGUCUUAACUUUAUGUACUCAGACCAAUUAGACCAAUUACCUUCUAUUAGAAUUAUAUCGCACUCAAAUUCACCAACAAAAUUAUAUGUCGUUUUAUAAGGGGGACUAGGUAAAGUCACACAUCGAAAAUAUUUAAAUAUUUUCGAUAACACCUAUAAAUAUAACCUGUGUCCUUUACACUACACACAACUAUAUUCAUUGUUCACACAACUGUAAUUUUAUCAUAAAAAAAAAUCGAUUUUAUAGACACAGUUUAUAUGAACACGUUUUUGACAGAGGGAUAACCUCUAGCGAGACUGGUCCUAUUAAAGGUCAUUGGUCAGUGUUUAUGUAUGACCUGCGACUAUCGCAACUCAUUUCGGAGACGUCAUAAAGAUUGCAUCCGACUAUACAUACCGUAAACAGCAUAAACGCAUUGUUAAUUAAAUUAUUUAACAGUGGAGGCGUAUGAGUUACUAACAGACGCCCUUAGUUUCACCCACUAGUUCUCCUUUCCGUGGAUAGCCUAUAUGCCUCCCAAAUAACAUGACUUUCUAUUGCGUUAUUCUCUUACAAAAAAAUUGUAAUGGGAAGUUGGCGGUGUUAAUACAGCCCCGUGCCUCGGAGCACAUAAAGCCGUCGGUCCUGCGCCUGAUCAUUCACCGGUCGUGUCGGUCUGCCGUUCCAUCGGACUAUGAGAGUGAGAGAAAAGAGUGUGCACCUGUAUGUGCACACACACUACUGCACUAUAAUAUCUCCCUAAUAUAAGAUUGGCCGUUGUGGCAGUAAAAAAAAAAAAAAUCGGUUGCGAGCAUUAUUAUUAUUUUUAUUAUAAAGAUUUAUGUUAGUAAAGAUGACAUCGAAACCAGUGUAAGAAAAAACAUUUUCACAGACCAACACACCUGUCCAACAAGUAUCUGUAUUCCUUACUACUAC